AUGACAAGAUGCAACGGGACCCGGAUUGGCUUCCAGAGUUGCAGAAGCUAUCAAGCGUUAUGCCGUGGUGCCGAGGUCCUGCACUCAGCUUUCUCAACGGCUAUCACUGUGUCCGGUAUCCCCUUCUCUUUAGUGGACCUUGGUGCUGCCUGGGUCUACGGCUUCCGGGCGGCCAUGUGUAUGCUACUUUUUGCGAAGACGCUCGGAAGCAUCCUUUGCUUCCUUGUGGCUCGGAGCGUGCUGCCUGCGGCCCGAAAAGCCAGCGUUCUGUCGCAUCCCACGGUUGCUCGCGUCGACCGAAUACUGGCCAGCAGCCCGAUCUACUACGGGACACUCUUCCGGCUGGCGCUGCUUCCUACAUUCGUGAAAAAUUACGGCUUGGCCCUCCUGAACAUUAGGUUUCCUCACUACCUGACUUGCUGCUUGCUUGGCUCUUGCCUCGGCGUACCGGCGCAGGCUUACCUGGGCUCUCAGCUCGGGGACAUCUACCUGGGCCUCAGGGAAGCCGAGUCGGUCGACCCCGUGAUUCUCUGGGGAGGUCCCCGGGAAAAAGGUGGGUUCCGAAAUAUCACGGUUCAAGUCUUCAUAUCACGGAUCCUGUUAUUGAAGGUGGUGCCGUUAGUUUCUCUAAGCCUUCAGUAA